UCUGCCUGGACUCCUCUCACACAGACUGAGCUCCUGUCUGCAUUGUCUGCACUUCAGAGAAACCAGCAGCUGUACAAUCCAGACUCACUGCAAACUCCAGACUCAUUAGCAAUACAGUUAUUUUUUUCUGUAGGUUACCAAGUCCAGCUGAUGAAUGGAUCGCAAAGCUGCGUACGCUUCAUUGGUGGAAGGGGUGCAACACUUUGACUUUACUGGAGAAUCCAUUCCUUGCAAUCUGAUAGCCACAGGAGAUGAUGCCUUCCCAGUUGCCGUGACUCCGAGUGGGGAUGUCAUGAUCGCGGCCUCUCGGUAUGGCAAGGGUCGGAUGGUGGUCCUACCUCACGAAGUCUACAUGAUGAUUCCCAGAUUUACCAGAUUCAUUCAAAAUGCAGUAAACUGGCUCAAACCAUCACCAGAUGCACUGGUUGGUCUCCACAGCAGCCUAGGGUAUUCAGCCACUGAGCUCUCUAGCACAGGAACCAAGGUUAAGAUCAAUGACACUUAUAUUGAGGGAAUGGGGGUUUACUGCAUGAGUGCAUAUGAUGACACCCAGGCUGCAGAGCUCCUCAGCUUUGUAAAGGAAGGGGGCGGCCUGCUCAUUGCUGGUCAUGCUUGGCACUGGUCUUAUUCACAUACAACUGAAAAUGUGUUUUUCUCUUUUAAUGGGAACAAAAUUACCAGUGCGGCUGGCAUUUAUUUCACAACCGAAUAUGGACAGAGGAUCGUCUGUCCUGUCCAGAGUGAAAUACCAACAAGCUCACUGUCAGUUAGUGAAGAGUACAAAACAAAGUUUCUGGAGUCAGUUUUCCUCUUUCUGAAACAAGGGGUCGGCUCGAUUGAUUCACUCACAAUGUUUCUGCUGACUGCAGACAAAGACCACAUGGAACAGGACUAUAAGAAAAUCAGGAGCAUGAUUGAAGAAGCUACCCAGAGCGUGUCGAAAGCAGAGACAGUUUCCAAAUAUCAACUCGCAAAGGUUGAUGAAAAAUAUUUGGUGUUAACUACAGAGAAGAGCAAUCUAGAAAGGGAACAAACCAACAAGACAACAGAAUUGAAUAAUCUGAAAACCAGCCUUGCAUCUCACAAUGAAAACUUGACGAACAGUAGACAUGCUUUGGAGGAGGCAAAUCGACACAAACAAACUGCACAACGAGACCUUGAUAAUGCCAGAGCAAAGUAUCGUCAAGAAGAAGAGAAAAGGAACAUCGGAAUUGGAUUGAUGUUCAUACCCUUUUUUGGGCCAAUAAUUGGAGGCACCAUGAUUGGCAUCUCUCAAACGGCCAUGAACAAUGCAGCGGAUGUUACCAGGCAUGCAGAAGCUGCUGUGAAUCAAUGGAGAGAUGAAGUCAACAACUAUUCAAACAAAGUGGCCAGAUACUGUGAUCUCUUAAAUGGUAAGCAGAAUGAAAUCUCCAACACCAGAAGCCAUUUGCAGGAGAUUGAUUGCACGCUGCAGCAGUUAUCCCAGAAGCGGACAGCCACUGCUGAAGUGCAGAAGAAGCUCCGAGAUGCCACCCACUUCCUGAGCACCCUGGCUGGAAGAGUGCAGGUGGCCGAGGUGCAGACCAGGAGCAUUCUCUUUUUCGAUCCUCUGAUCACCAUACUGGAGGACAUAUCUCAGCACAUAGACCAGCUCUCAGGGAACGAGAAAUACCAACUUCUCUACCAGCAGGAUAUCAAACCCAUGAUAGACAGGCUGAAGGAAAACAAUCCUAAACUCAAAGCUAUCUGCAACACAGGCGAUGGGCAGUUUUACUAAGAGCUUCCCCUGUACUGUUAGUGCUUUACGCUGUUUGCAUUUCUCAUUUAAGAUGUCAUAUCUAAUUGAUUAUUUUUGUGGAAAUUAGGCUUUUGUGAAAAGCUGAGUAACUUUGCAACAGUUAGCAGUGCAGGUUUAAGUUAUAAGUAGGGGUUCAGAUUUUCGAGGGAUUUUUUAAUUGCGUAGAAUUAUUUAAUGAAAAAAAUGGUGAAAUUAGGUUAGUUUUAAGGAUGUCAAAUUCCCAAAUACUGUAAUAAGUGGCUGUGUCUUGGUAUUGAUGUCAUCUUGAUCAAUAUGAAUUGGUAAGGGGAAUAACUUUUAUACUUGGGAUUGUAAUCGGUGUGUGGAUUUUGUUCUUGUUUGUUGCUGUUUCAAUCUCAGUUGUCUUGAUUCAUAUGAUGUGUUCACACUCAUUGAAUCAUUCUAGAUAGCUGUGUUUAUAUUGAGCGUUCAUUCUGUGAUCUUCUGAAUGCCCUGAGGAAGGCUUGAUUUGCCUUGCAGUUUGUCUCACCAAAGUUUUUUGAAAUCUCAAUGUUUGUUGUUCAGGAUGUGAAAUAAAGCAAAUUGAAUGACCAA